CCAACCGACGGGCUGAUUUCCGGUUUUUGGUAACCAUGGCGGCGGCCGCAGCCUCAGAGACCCUGAAUUUUAACGUCGGGGUGUUGGGCCACAUCGACAGCGGGAAGACGUCGCUGGCCCGGGCCUUGAGCACCACAGCCUCCACCGCCGCCUUCGACAAGAAUCCUCAGAGCCGGGAGAGGGGCAUCACCUUGGAUCUGGGCUUCUCUUCCUUCUGUCUCCCCGUGCCGGAACACCUCAAGCCGCAUGGAAACUGCACCAGGCUCCAGGUGACACUGGUGGACUGUCCUGGACACGCUUCCCUCAUUAGGACCAUCAUUGGAGGUUCCCAAAUUAUUGACUUGAUGAUGUUGGUAAUUGAUGUGACAAAGGGAAUGCAAACGCAGUCUGCGGAAUGUCUUGUGAUUGGUGAAAUUACAUGUCCCCGGAUGGUGGUGAUCCUGAAUAAGAUUGACCUUCUACCAGAGGCAAAGAAACAAGUGGCUAUAGACAAAAUGACAAAGAAAAUGCAGAAGACACUGGAGAAUACAAGGUUUAAUGGGUGUCCCAUCAUUCCUGUUGCUGCCAAACCUGGAGGACCUGACGCCCCAGAGACAGAAACCGCGCAGGGCAUUUCAGAACUUAUCGAGCUCCUGAUAUCACAGACAUACAUGCCAAAACGUGAUCCAUCUGGAUCCUUCCUCAUGGCCGUUGACCACUGUUUCUCAAUCAGGGGUCAGGGCACGGUGAUGACGGGUACCAUCCUCUCUGGAUCUAUCAAUGUCAAUGACAGCGUGGAGAUUCCAUCCCUUAAGGUCAGUCGGAAGGUCAAAACCAUGCAAAUGUUCCGUCAGCCAGUGUGCACUGCCAUCCAAGGUGACCGAGUAGGGAUCUGUGUCACUCAGUUUGACCCUAAACAGCUUGAGCGAGGCGUGGUCUGUGCCCCAGAGUCUCUGUGUACCUUGUACGCUGCCAUAAUCUCUGUGAAGAAAAUACUUUAUUACAAAGGAUCGGUCCACACCAAAGCAAAGUUCCAUAUUACGGUUGGCCACGAAACGGUCAUGGGAAGGGUGACAUUCUUCAGUCCUGCCAUUGAGGAUUUUGACAGGGAGCCUGUGAUGGAUUGUUUUCUCUUUGACAGAGAAUACCUCUAUCAGGAAGAAUACCUCUCACAGGCCAAGGAUGUUGGUGUUGAUAAAAGCCAAGCAGAUGGAAGCAAAGUACCCAGGCAGCAGUGGGCCCUGUUGGAGUUUGAGAAACCAGUGACAUGCCCCAAGCUGUGCCUGGUUAUAGGAUCCAAGCUCGACACUGACAUUCAUUCCAAUACCUGUCGGCUUGCUUUUCAUGGAGUCUUGCUGGAAGGUUUUGAGGAAAAAAACUAUGCGGAAGUCUCUCUGCCUAAGCUGAAGGUCUUCAAGCUGAAACUCAAAGAGGGACAAGUGGAAAGGGUUUCAGAUGAUUAUAACGUCAUCGGCCGCUCCCUCUUCAAGAAGGAAACGAAUAUGCAGCUGUUUGUUGGGAUGAAGGUUAAAUUGUCCACAGGAGAAGCUGGAGUGAUUGAAGGAGGCUUUGGACAGAGUGGGAAAUUUAAAAUCAGAAUCCCAGAUGGAUUAAACCCAGAAACGAAGCAGCAGCUUGCAACAUGCAGCAAGAAAAAAUCAAAAGGAGGGAAGGGCGACUCAACGAAAGCUGAAGAUGGGAAGCACGAAGCACAACCCAUAAUUAUCACUUUGGCCUUUAAAAGAUAUGUAUUUGAUCCACAAAAGAAAAUGAUACAAUCCUAAAGUGUUUUUGUAGCAUAAAUAUGCAGGAGUGUGACUGGGAAUGGGUUGAAGAGGUCCCCUUGCCUUAAAGCUCAUUAUUCUGGGGACAGGUUUCUGUGAUUUCUGAAGGAAUAAAAUCAAAAUUAAUUCUUUAGAUUGUCGAGAGAUGUAUUCUGUUUCAAAGUUAUCAAUUGAGAUGGGCUUUCUCACAGUAACCCCUAAAGGUGCUAACUAGCGAUAACACAGCCGGAGACACCGCUGUUGUCAGCGAGGUACCUUUUGAACUGCCUAGGUGUGACUGUCGGGCAGCUGAUUGGCCAUGUGGUGCAGGGCAAAUUUGAUUGUGGCCUCAAACGUGUACAGAUCAGUUCACAUCAUCGGGAGUCAGGAGUGGGAUAAAGACCGCGAAUCUGGAAAGACAACACCAGCCUUUGUGUGGAGAGAGAGAAGCUCAAGGUCACAUCUCAGGUCAAUGACCUUUCAGGAAAACUGGAACUAGCUGGAGAUGCAAUAGGCUUUUCAGUUGAUACAGAGGUAGGCUGGGAGAGUUGUAGGUGAACAAGUUGCAAAGUGUACAAUAGGAUGGGCUGUGGGAGGUUAAAUGAUGGAAGAGGAAUAGUACAAGGCCAAAGCAGGUGGUAACAACGCACAAGGGAUAAAAAUGAAAGGUGGGUGGAGGGAAGACGGAAAGGGGAGCAACAACAGCUUUAAAAAGAAACCGAAGAACUACAGAUGCUGGAAAUCAGAAACAAACUCAGAAAUUUCUGGAGAUAUCGAGCAGGUCAGGUGGAGAGAGAGCCGAGAUAGUGUUUCUGAUCCAAGGACCCUUCUUCAGAACUUCAGCGUAGACCAAGGUGGGAACCUGCUCUUGCUCAGAAGGCCUGUUUUACUCCACUCGCUUCAUCAUUGGGGACCCCAGCGCUAGGCUUGCCCUGCAGCCCUAGUGUUAGUGCAAAGGCCCCAUACCUCAUUGUAAAAGUGACAAGACCAGAUCUAUCCCAAUUGUAGAUCUGAUUCUCAUUUUGGAAGUAGCAUAACCUUCCUACAGCAGUGACAGCAUUACAGAAGCUGCACUGAGAUCUGAUUGGCACUGUGUUUAAAAUGUAGAUUGCCACACCAGCUAAAUGACUGUAUUCACUUCAUGGUUUAAUUAUGAAAUGAAUUUGCAAAUUGUUCAAUAUUAUUGAUACCAGCCAUGUACUGAACUGCCCUGACAUCCAUUGGGUAUAACAUUAUGUGAAAUUUUAAACAAACUCUCUCCUCUCUCAGAUAAUAAAAUGUGAGGCUGGAUGAACACAGCAGGCCAAGCAGCAUCUCAGGAGCACAAAAGCUGACGUUUCGGGCCUAGACCCUUCAUCUCUCCUCUCUCACCUUUGUUUCAUACAAACCACCAUUCCCACAGCCACAGCAGGGAGUUCUCUCAUUUUCCUUAUAGAUAUUUAUACCUAAUGGGCUGGAACCACAGACAGAAGGUUAGUGUGUUUUGUUGUUCUCUCAUGUUCCACUACAAAAGGCCUUCUGAUGCACUGUCCUGGAAUCCUGAUGAACCUCCCCAACCUGCUGUUCCUGACCUAACAAUUCCCUCUGCAGACUGUAUCCUCCAUCCUGAUAACACACUGUGCUGGGUGGGAUCUAGUGCAGACCUAUUCAUUCUGUUAACCUCCUGCCCCAUUCCUGGACUCACUGCUUUCCAGACCAUCCCCCCCCUGCCCCGAGCUCAUUGUUCUUCCAAACACCAACCACCCCAACCCCCGAGCUCACUGUUGAGUCUCUUCCCCCCAGCCCACAGCUCAGAGGUUCUCCCCAUCCAAUCUCUCUAGCCAUCCCCAAACUCUCUGCCUCCUGCGUUCCCCCCAACCCCCAAGCAUACUGCACCACCCAAGUGUCUGGUUCCCAGCCUGGAGUUUACUAUCGUCCCCCAUUCCCACCCCCCCACCACCCUCAGUGCCCUCUUUCCCAGUGCUCACUCCACAUUCAGGACCCACAGUGAAAGGUGAUUUUGCGAGCGAUGCUCUGCAGAACUGAUAACAUUGCCUACAUCCUACAAAUAAAUACAAAACAUUGAAUCUGAGCUUGAGACUCCGGCGGCCAUAGUGGUUUAUACGCUGU